AUGGAGAUCAGCUAUCUGGACAAGCAAGAGAGAUAUGAAAUAGGCAAAGAAUGUCCAGAUAUUGCCCCCCAAAGAACUGGGAGGCAAGGUCAUGGUCUGGAGAGGGCAAUCGGCCAUCAGGAGCACUCCACUCGACCAUCUCCAUGCAGCUCGAUCGAGCUUGCGGUUCUUCUUCUUAUCCUCGAAGUGGGUGUGGCUGCUUUGGCCUUGGUGGAACCUGGCUCGCUCGAACCGGCCGUAUGGAUUCUCUGCUCUGGGGAUAGUCCUGGUAAGGUGCUGGAUUAA